AUGGCUUCGCAAGCAGACAUGAAGGACCGCCAGUUCCUCGCCGUCAUUGGCGACGAGGACUCCGUUACCGGCCUCCUCCUCGCCGGCAUUGGGCACGUCAGCACUGGUGCCGACCAGGAGAAGAACUUUCUAGUGGUGGACAACAAGACCGAAACCUCUGCGAUCGAAUCCGCCUUCGAGUCGUUCACGACGAGGAAGGAUAUCGGCAUCGUCCUUAUCAACCAGCACGUCAGUCACGGCCGCGAGAGAAGGAAACCUAUAUCGGGAUACAUGUUGACUUGUGGACAGAUUGCCGACCGCAUAAGACAUCGUGUCGAUACCUAUACCGCUGCUUUCCCGACGGUUCUCGAGAUUCCGAGCAAGGAUCACCCGUACGACCCCGAGAAGGACAGCGUUCUCCGCAGAGUACGUCGGUUGUUUGGCGAGUAG